AUGGACAAUGAUAAUGAUGAUUGGGAAGGUGCUGUUGAUAAAGGAGAAUUCGAUAAACGACUUGAACAUCAAGACCAAGAUCGUACAGCUAAGCAAGUCAUUUUUCCUUUAUGGCAUCAUAAAAAUGAUGUCUGUUGAAUAUCUUUCUUAGGAACGAAAUUGUCUUAAAAACGAGUGUCGAGAGUAAUCCUGAAAGGAUUUGGAUUCAUCGAGAUUACUAAAUUCUUCAUUGAUAUUACUAAUUCACGUCGAACUUCGUUCAUUGUGUAGAUCUAUACCCGGACAUUCAGAUUAAAAGGGUUCUACGCCGAACUAAAACUUUAUUGUCGAACUCGUCUUGAACUAGUGAGGAAAAACUCUAUGACGAGAUUUUUAUUUAAAAUUUGGUUCAUAGAUAAAGCUCAUAAUUAGUAAAAUGCACUGCAUUAUGCAGUGCAAACAAAUAAUAUAUUCUUGUUAGGAUUUUGAGCGGCUAAGACGACUCGAUACUCAGUAAGAAUACAUUUUUUUUGCGUUAAACUUUCCAAGACAUUUUAUUCGUCAUGGAGAUUUUUAUACGAAGUAAAGUACCUAAUACAAUAGUGACUAUGGCAAGUAGAUAAUGCAUAAAUCU